GCCCAACAGUUUUUGGAUCGCACAUCUGAAAACGCGAACAAAAAAAAGUCUUUAUAAACAGAGACUUAGGUUUCAUUCUCAUCACACCACCAAAAACUCCACCGACCCGAUCCAAUCUCUCAUCUCACACACCAUGGUUGACCCGGCGAACACCGUUGGAAUCCCGGUGAACCCAACACCGCUACUGAAAGAUGAGCUCGACAUCGUCAUCCCCACCAUCCGUAACCUCGAUUUCCUCGAGAUGUGGAGACCUUUCCUCCAGCCUUACCAUCUCAUCAUCGUCCAAGACGGAGAUCCCACGAAGAAGAUCCAUGUCCCCGAGGGUUAUGACUACGAGCUUUACAACAGGAACGAUAUUAACAGAAUCCUUGGGCCUAAAGCUUCUUGCAUCUCGUUCAAGGACUCUGCUUGUCGUUGCUUUGGUUACAUGGUGUCUAAGAAGAAGUAUAUCUUCACCAUUGAUGAUGAUUGCUUCGUUGCUAAGGAUCCAUCAGGGAAAGCAGUGAACGCACUUGAGCAACACAUCAAGAAUCUUCUCUGUCCAUCGACUCCAUUGUUCUUCAACACCUUGUACGAUCCUUACCGUGAAGGUGCUGACUUUGUCCGUGGAUACCCUUUCAGUCUUCGUGAAGGUGUUUCCACUGCUGUUUCCCAUGGUCUCUGGCUCAACAUCCCUGAUUACGAUGCCCCUACCCAACUCGUCAAGCCUAAGGAGAGGAACACUAGGUAUGUGGAUGCUGUGAUGACCAUCCCAAAGGGAACACUUUUCCCAAUGUGUGGUAUGAACUUGGCUUUCGACCGUGAUUUGAUUGGACCAGCUAUGUACUUUGGUCUCAUGGGUGAUGGUCAGCCUAUUGGUCGUUACGACGAUAUGUGGGCUGGUUGGUGCAUCAAGGUGAUCUGUGACCAUUUGGGAUUGGGAGUGAAGACAGGUUUGCCAUACAUAUACCACAGCAAAGCGAGCAACCCGUUUGUGAACCUGAAGAAGGAAUACAAGGGAAUCUUCUGGCAGGAGGAUAUCAUUCCUUUCUUCCAGAACGUGAAGCUAUCUAAGGAAGCAACCACUGUUCAGCAAUGCUACAUUGAGCUCUCAAAGAUGGUCAAGGAGAAGCUGAGCUCCUUAGACCCGUACUUUGACAAGCUUGCAGACGCCAUGGUCACAUGGAUUGAAGCUUGGGAUGAGCUUAACCCACCAGCUACUACUGCUUGAGGCUUUGAGCAAACCAAAAAAAAAAUCACCACAGUUUUGGUCAUUUUUUUUAAAACUCAAAUUUCCUGUUUUACUUUUUCGGAUUUUAUGAAGUUCGCUUUUGAUUAGUUUGUCACUUAUCAUUACUUUCUCAUCGUCUAGUGGUGGAUUGGUAGUGCUAUUUAUGUUUUUGUUUUUAUUUUGCUAUUCCUCCCCAGCAUUUUUCUCUUUCUUGUUUCAAUAAUAAACGUCCCAUUAGUGUUUCUUUGAUUACUGCACCUAUAGAGCGCUUUGUUUCUCAAAGCUCAUAUGCUUAAAAUAUAUGAAUAAGUUUAAACA